UACUUUACCACCGUGACAUUUAAUUUUCUUCUUUCUAGUAUGUUGGUGCAUCUUAUCUGAUCAAAUGCUGAAAUAUAUUAUUUUUCUCUGUGUUAGUUUUAAUGCUGUAAGCACAGUGUCAGGAUGCAGGUGUGGACUAAGUGAACUUGAGCGAUUUUGUACAAAUGAUUACGCAAUAAUAGCGAAAGUGACCAAAGAAACGAAAGUCGGCAAUGAACUGGAAUAUCAAAUCACUCAAGUUAAGUGCCUCAAGCCACAUGUCGAGGAUCCAUCCGUGAUUCGUGACAAAGUUUAUGCGUCAACAGAUCCGGCGGCCUGUAGUACGACUUUGGAUAAAGGCUUCACAUAUCUUCUAUCUGGCAAGUAUCGUAAAAAUGGAAGUGGACAUAAAGAGCAGUUUCUUGGUAACUGUAAGAUCGCAAGAAAAUUAACCAAGUCUGACGUUAAGACAUACAAAGCGCCCCAAUGCUUACAAUGAUUGAACCAGGGUUGGAAAGCUGCACGAGAACUCAAAUGAGAACAAGAUAAACCAUUGCCUUACAGUUUUAUUUGUAUAUAGUUGCUUCACAUAAAUAUAAAGUCUGGAUACCUUGUU